CUGCUAAAAAAAAGUCUAAGCAGCAGCAGCAGCAGCAAAACGGGAGGAGCCCACGCCCGUCGGGUUCAUUCAGAAAGCACCGACCCUCCGGCAAUCUGUUUGACGGAAUGCUCCAGGGGAACGGAGGACAGGAACCGCCGGGCGACAGCGGCAGCGGUGGGGAUGGCAAAGGCGCCGCCCGCGACCGCAUCAGCGACCUCCCGGACGAUCUGUGCCAUCGCGUUUUGUCCUUCCUGAAGGCGUGGGAGGUGGUCCGCAUGAGCUUGCUCUCGAGGCGGUGGCGCCACAUGUGGGCUUCCGCGCCGUGCCUCGACAUCCGCCACCCCUGCGCCUGCAACGCCCGCGCCGACCAGAGGAGGUACGAGGCGUUCGUCAACAACCUGCUGCUUAGGCGGAGCCCCGACGUGCCGCUGGACACGCUCCACCUGAGCUGGACUCACAGUGGCGCCGUCGACACGUGGACCGUCUAUGCCGUCAGGCACCACGCCAGAGCCAUCGAGCUGUCAGGGACGGGGCACUACCCGAGACCGGAGCCAGAGUACACGAGCUUCUUGUUUGGAAAUUUCAAGAUCUUGAAGCUCACCCAUGUCAAGAUGUAUAGCGAGCUGCUCGCGCAGCUCUGUUCUAGGUGCACUUCUUUGGAAGAGCUGGAGCUCAAGAACAGUAGCAUACAUGGAGUUACCAUUCGAUCAGGCUCCCUCAGGCGUUUGACUAUGGUCAACUGCUUCACACCUAACAGCCUCUUGGUUGAUGCUCCGGGCCUCGUCUUGCUGCGCUGCAUCAGACCUUACAGUGUUGUUCCUGAGAUCAGGAACUCGGGCUCACUGGUGACAGCCACUAUUAUGCUUGAUGACUCUUGUUUGCUUCAUCGCUGUGAUCAUGAAUGGCCACCAAUUGAGGAUGAUGGAGACGAUGAUGAUGUUUUCUUUGCAUAUGCUGAUGGAUUUCAUGCUGAGAUUCCUGACAGUGAAUCCAAUGAUGAUGAUUCUGCAGGAUCUGAUGCUGAGAAUCCUGAUGACAGUGAAUCCGAUGAUGACGGCUCUGCAGGAUCUGAUGCUGAGAAUCCUGAUAACAGUGAAUCUGAUGACGAUGGUUCUGCAGGAUCUCAUGCUGAGGAUGCUGAUGGUAGUGAAUCCGGUGACGAUGGCUCUGCAGGAUCUCAUGCUGAGGAUCCUAAUGACAGUGAAUCUGAUGAUGAUGGCUCUGCAGGAUCUCAUGCUAUUACAGUUUUUGGUGGCAGUGGCAUUCUUCGAAGCCUCUUCAAUGUGAGAACAAUGGAGUUGUUAGCUCAUCGAGGAGAGGUCCUGCUGAGGAGUCAAUUGAGGAAUUGCCCUGUGUUCAAAAACCUCAAGACUCUGUCGCUUGGUGAAUGGUGCAUAGGCCCUGACUUUGAUGCAUUGUCAACCAUUCUUGAGCAUUCACCCAACUUAGAGAAGCUUUAUCUUCACCUCGAUGAGGACCACAACAGCAGAGGCGAGAUCAGUCCAAGCGGGAGACCGUUUACUUGCAAUCACCUGAAGUUGCUGAAGAUCACACAUUUCAAGGAUGACACGAUAACCCGUAAGUUGGUAGAGUUCGUCUGUCAGAAUGGCAACGGCGGCGCAGGCUCAGAGGAGAUGCGCAAGGCGCAGGACGAAGCUGCGGAGAGUUCAGGAAAGAGCGUACGAGAAAGCCAGAGCCCAGAGUGAGGGAAAGGUGGUACAGGAAGGUCGAUGUAACAUGUAACUAAUAUUGUGAUUGAUGUGAGUAAUCUGCUGGUUCCAGCUGUGGUGCGGAGGUAAAACGGCAACCGGGGCCCAUUGGUCAGACUAUGAAAACAGAAAACAGAAGGAUUCUCAGGUGCAUCGGCAUCGAACUCUUUAGUGCCAGUAGAUCCGUAUAUGUGUUUGUCGUGUUGCAUGGGAAAUGAUUGGUCAAACUUCAUAGUGACUCAGAUAUUCAUUUAGUAGCAAUGCAUGGAUUGAAUCGCUCGAUGAGCCUGGUCCUGCAAUCUGUCCUGAAUUCCUGAAUGCAGUUGAUGUUUGUGAGUGGUGAUUAUGUAGGAUGGUUGGUUUUCAGAGUUUCUGAAAAUUCUGACCGGUAAAUAUGCAUAAAGUCAUGUGCAAUUGUUACUAUUUGUUUUCUCUUCAAAGAUGCCCGCAAGGCACUGUUGGCACACUCCCUACUGCCACCAUUGGUUUGAGUAGCUACCGGCAGCAUGACACUGGGGGAAGGACAAAGAGGACAAAGGAUGACUCACUCUAGAUGGGCAAGCUUGUGGGUUGUAAGAAGAGAAAUAUAAUAGUGGGAGCGUAGUGCUUUUAGUCCUUGGGCAUUUGGAAUAGCGAAUUCUCGAUUAGUCUGGAAGUGGCGAAUUUCUUUCAGCCAUGGAAAAACUGGAUCAUCAUGCCUUGUGCAAAUGGGACCUAGCUAUCUCAAUCGUCAUGCAAAAGAAGAUUACAAUGCUUGUUGAUGUGGAGUUUAAUAAGAAUGUGUUCCAGUCUGAUGAUAUAUGCCAGAUUAAUUAUUGCCUCCUGAAACAAACCUGUGAUCCAACUAUAGUUGGUGCAACCUUAUUUCCUGGAAUCAUGACCGUUCUUAUACAGUCUGGCACUCACAGAUUUUCCACUGGUUUUCCUUUGCCAAGUUCAUUUUCAUGCAAAUGUGAGCAUGAUACUGAAUUACUGAUGCUGUCAGGUGGAGUAUAUGUCCUAACAUUUUUUUUUUGAAACGAGUAUAUGUCCUAGCUGGAGGCGUUAUCUUGAAAAAGAGUAGACGAGCAUGAUUUAGUUAACAGCUUGCAUGCUAUCUAGGGUUGUUUAUUCGGAAUUGUGGCAGAGGCAGAGCAAAGGGUGGCUUGCAACUUCUUGAUUGGCAAGGAAAAAAUGGUUAUGUAUGAGGAAGUUACUGGCUGCUAAUCUGCUAUUGGUUUCGAAGGUGUGAAGUCUUUCGUGAAAAACAAAAACAAAUCAGUGUUCAGGUGUGUAUAGUUUCCUGUUUCAGUCAGCAGUGAUGAACUCUUUGUAUUUCUUCCGAUGUAAUUCUUGCUUCUGGAAUUGUAGCUGAUGCUUCUGUGCACCAGGGUUGUAACAAAUACAACGUUUUGUUGCGUUCAGUGACUGAAGUAAGCUCUGUAGUUUUUUGCGUACUUUUUUUGCGAGUAGUAGUAUUUUGGGUACAUGUCCUAAAUGUAAAUGAAAGAGUUUUACAGGGACUAUCGAUGAAUUGCUGGACACAGUUUUACAA